AUUGCAUUACGCGUCCUAUCUACUGAUGUUUAUCCCCACUCUUGAUUGAGGAGAGCGAGACUGACGCACGUGCCCUCCGACACGAGUUCAUAUGCGGAUCAGCUUUGUGUACAGAGAGUCGCACCCUGGUCGAUGCAUUAUCCCUCGACUCUGCAGGCGGCAUCCACCAGCCAGCAAAGAUCGUCUUUGCAUCAGUUAUGAGGUCCUGUCCUGUCCUGUCCAUCUUCCCACCCUGUAUGAACAACAGCCAAUUGUUGUUCAUGUAGCCGCCCAGCCCAGACAGAUGGCAGAGCUCCUACAUACAUACACAUCAACAGUUUCAAUUUCCUUUGUAAACACUGUGUCAUGAGUCCAGCCUUUUGAAAAUGUCUCGGGAACAGUUGGCAGUUCAGCAGGCCAGGAGGGCCUUUCAUACAGGGAGGUCAAAACCACUGGAUUUCAGAGUGCAGCAGCUGAAGAACCUACAGCGUUUCAUUACUGAAAGACAAAAGGACAUCACUGAUGCUCUCAAGAAGGACCUGUGCAAGAGCGAGAACGGAACACAGCUGUAUGAGAUCUUCGGCGUUGAGGGUGAGAUUAAACUGGCCCUCAGCAAGCUGCCAGAAUGGACAGCGCCUCGUCCUGUGGCUAAAACCCUUCUCACCAUCACUGACGAGGCUUAUAUCCAUCCAGAACCUCUCGGUGUGGUGCUCAUCAUCGGAGCUUGGAAUUAUCCAAUAUCUGUGACCCUUCAGCCGCUUGUCGGAGCCAUCGCUGCGGGUAAUGCAGCAGUGAUCAAGCCUUCAGAGGUCAGCUCUCACACUGCAAAGGUCAUGGAGCUCUUGUCCCUCUACUUGGAUACGGAGAUGUACCAGGUGGUGAUCGGAGGGGUUCCAGAAACGCAAGAGCUGCUGAAGGAGCGUUUUGACCACAUCUUCUACACAGGAAGCAGCACAGUAGGAAAGCUGGUUAUGGAAGCAGCUGCCCGACACCUCACACCAGUCACUCUUGAGCUGGGGGGAAAAAGUCCCUGUUACAUCGACAAACAUUGUGAUCUUAGGAUUGCCUGUCGCCGAAUCACAUGGGGAAAGUAUUGUAACUGUGGACAGACCUGCAUUGCGCCUGAUUAUAUCCUCUGUGAACCAUGCAUCCAGGAUAAAGUGGUGGAGGAGAUCAGCAAAUGCAUUAAGGAAUUUUAUACAGACGACCCUAAGACCUGCACGGACUAUGGCCGCAUCAUCAAUCGACGUCAUUUUACGAGGAUUACGGCUCUGCUCGAAGGAAGCACAGCAGCUAUCGGGGGAGAACAUGACGAAUCCCACUGCUACAUCGCUCCCACUGUCUUAAAGGAUGUAGACCCAAAAUCAAAGGUGAUGCAGGAGGAGAUAUUUGGGCCUGUACUACCCAUUGUACCUGUCAAUGGACUGAAUGAAGCUAUCCAGUUUAUCAAUGAAAGAGAGAAGCCUUUAGCCCUUUACGUUUUCUCAUCCAGCAAAAAGGUAAUAAACAAAAUGAUCUCCGAGACAUCCAGUGGAGCCCUGCUAGCCAACGACUGCCUCGUUCACUUCACCAUCAGUGACUUGCCCUUUGGUGGUGUUGGUAACAGCGGGAUGGGUCGUUACCAUGGUAAACACACAUUCGAUCAGCUGAGCCACUUGCGCAGCUGCCUCAUUAAAAAGCUGCACAUGGAGCCGGUGAACCAGAUCCGCUACCCUCCUCACACUAAGGAGAAACUGCGCUGGGCACGAAUGCUCCUUCUCAAGCAGGUGAAUUUGAGACGCUGGCGCCAGUUGGUACAGGUUUCCAUGCUCGCAGCAUUGGCGGCUUUUGUGGUGAAGAGGUUCCUGCGAUAGGACGACUGAAGAAGAAUGCCAGCCUGCCUUGAAGCACCUCUCUGGAAACAAAUGGAAUUACUGUAAUAAAUACAGGCUUAUCACAUAAAGUAAUAAAAAGAUAACCAUGUGAUAUUUAUUUGGUAGCUUAGACACUAACCAAAUGUAAAUCAGGUGUUCAAUUAUUAUUUAUGCAUUAAUUUUAUAAUUAAACUCGAUUACUGGUAAACUUUUAUUCUGUAAUAUUUUAUUUGGUGUACAGUGGUACCUUGAAACUCAGCAUCAAUUGGUUGUGGGAGUAGUGUUGAGUUUCAAGGUAUUUUUCCCCAUAAUGAUGUAUAGGAAACCUGUUAAUGCAGUCAAUGGUCUUGUGGAACUGCAUAUAUUUUAGGUUAAUAUAAAGUAAUGGGGUUGUUUUUGACACCUAUACACUGAAAAUACCACAAAUAUAAUAGACAAACACUAAAAUACAAUU